UGCUUUAACAUCUCAUGUUGCACUCAAUGCAUUAUCAUUACAAAAUAUUGAAAAAAUGCGUGAAACAGUUCGUAAAAUUCUUGCAGAACGUGCUAAACUUAUAUCAUCUAUUACUAGUAUAACUGGUAUUGGCAAGAUAUUAGGGGCAAAUGAUGCCAAUUUUAUUCUCGUACAAGUUUUAGAUGAAGCUUGUGAAAAGCCAAGUAGCAAGAGAGCUCAAUGGGUUUAUAAAGAAAUGGCAGAACGUUUAGGAGUAGUAGUCAGGUAUCGAGGUAAUGAAUUUGGUUGUGAAGGGUGUUUAAGAAUUACGGUAGGAACACCUCAAGAAAAUGAAACAUUGUUAGAAAAAUUGAAACAAUUAUUGGAAGGAACUUCUACUAAAUCUAAUUAG